AUGUCUGCACCUGCAACUGGGCCUCAGAUGAAGAAAGGCUUCACACACAAGUUCGAUGCCAAGAAGCAUGACUUUAAGUUCCUGACACAGGAGGAUGCCAACCAUUUCCUUGAGAAGGGAUAUGUGGUCGUUCGUGGCGGCAUUCCUGAGGACCACCUCAAGAUGGCAAAAGAGACCGUUUGGGUACGUCUCGGUAUGGAUGAACAUGACAAGAAUACGUGGACCAGGGAGGAGAUCCACAUGCCCCGUCACAAGAUGUGGAAUGCGAAGGACUUUGCACCUAAAGUGUACGGUGCUAUGUGCGAACUGAUGGGUGGCGAGGACCGGGUGGACCGCAAGACGGCGUCCUGGGGCGACUCCUUCAUUUGCAAUCUCGGCAAUCCGGAGUACAAUCCCAACGAGGUCAUCGACCCGCGUGAUUUAGGCCCUUGGCAUGUCGAUGGUGACUGGUUCCGUCACUUUCUUGAUGGCGAGAACCAGGCUCUCGAGUGUCUUGUGCUCUACAGCGACGUCGAGGAGCGCGCUGGCCCGACAUACAUCGCAACCGAUGGCAUUGCUAAAGUUGCCAAAUGGUUAUUGGAGCACCCCGAGGGCUCAGAGGAUAUGUGCGAGCCUGAAGGUUCGGGCAACCGCGUUGUUCCUGGUUUCGUGCGCGAGUGUAAGGACUUCGUCACCCUCACCGGCAAGACGGGCGAUGUCUUCCUUUGCCAUUUCUUGACUCCCCACAGCCGCUCUCGCAAUCAUAUCCGCAAUUCCCGUUUCAUCAUCAACCCGUUCGUCUCAUUCAACGAGCCCCAGCAGCUGAAGCGCGAGAACCCGGAUGACUAUUCGCUUAUCGAGCUCAAGACGCUACACGACCUGGACUGCGACUGGAUCGACUUCAAGCCCGCGCGUGAGAGGUACCAUUUCCUCCCCCGCACGAAGGCAAAGAAAGAUGCCCUGAUCCAGGAAGAGCUGCAGCGGCUCAAGGAGUGGGAGACAAAGACGGGAAAGAGGUACGAGAGCAUGCACGAGAAAGGGGUCGUCUACUGGCAAGCACCUAUCAUGGGUUUGGCCGAGGUUUGA